AUGGCCACUGCGCAGUUGCAGAGGACUUCCAUGAGUGCAUUGGCAUUUCCCAGUAAGAUAUCAACUGAGCAACAGUCUUUGGUGUUAGUGAAGAGGCUCCUAGCAGUUUCAGUAUCCUGCAUCACAUAUUUGAGAGGAAUAUUUCCAGAAUGUGCUUAUGGAACAAGAUACCUAGAUGAUCUUUGUGUCAAAAUUCUGAGAGAAGAUAAAAAUUGUCCGGGAUCUACACAGUUAGUGAAGUGGAUGCUAGGAUGCUACGAUGCUUUACAGAAAAAAUAUCUAAGGAUGGUUGUUCUAGCUGUAUACAGCAAUCCAGAAGACCCUCAGACAAUUUCAGAAUGUUACCAAUUCAAAUUCAAAUACACCACAAAUGGACCAGCCAUGGACUUCAUAAGUAAAAACCAAAGCAAUGAAUCUAGCAUGUCGUCUGCUGACACCAGGAAAGCAAGUAUUCUCCUCAUUCGCAAGAUUUAUGUGCUAAUGCAAAAUCUGGGACCUUUACCUAGUGAUGUUUGUUUGACCAUGAAACUUUUUUACUACGAUGAAGUUACACCCCCAGAUUACCAGCCUCCUGGUUUUAAGGAUGGUGAUUGUGAAAGAGUAAUAUUUGAAGGGGAGCCUAUGUACUUAAAUGUGGCAGAAGUCCCAACACCUUUUCACACCUUCAAAGUAAAAAUGACCACUGAGAAAGAACGAAUGGAAAAUGUUGACUCAAGUAUACUAUUACCAAAACAAUUAAAAACACCACUUCAAAAAAUCCUCAUGGACAAAGAUGAUCUAGGAGAUGAACAGGAGCAUUAUAUAAAUGAUGAUUUUGACAUUGACAUUAAAGUGGAAGAGCAGGAAAAAAACCUUGGAUCUUCUGAAUUUGCAGAACCAAGUUUAGUUUGUGAGGAAGAUGAAAUUAUGAGGUCUAAAGAAAGUCCAGAUCUUUCAAUUUCUCAUUCUCAGGUUGAGCAGUUAGUCAGUAAAACAUCUGAACUUGAUAUGUCUGAAAGCAGAACAAGAAGUGGAAAAAUCUUUCAGAAUACAAUGGCAAAUGGAAAUCAACCAGUAAAACCUAAAGAAAAUCGGAAGAGAAGUCACCCCAAAUCUGGGAAAAUAGUCCUCCAUCCCUUUGAUUCUUCUAGUCAAGAGUCAGUGUCAAAAAGGAGAAAGUUUAGUGAACCAAAGGAACAUAUAUAA